AUGGAAGAAAAUGAUGAAAAGAAAAAGAGCAAUAAUAAUGAAGAUAAUAUAAUAAAAACAAAAUACAUUGAUAUUUAUUUUGAUAAUGAUGAAGAAAUAAAUAUUCCCAUAAAUAGAGGGAAGAAAAAAAGUUCCGAAGAAGAUGUAAAAGAAUAUAUAAACAGAAUGAAUGAUGAUAAAAAGAAUAUGUUGAUAAUUAACGAUUUUAAAAAUAAAAAAAUUAUAGAUGGAAAAAAUAAAAUUAAGGAACCUUAUAUGAUACAAGAGAAAAAUAAUAAUUCCUAUGAUGAGACCAAAAAGGAUAUGAAUAUUUAUAUUAAUGAACAAAAAAACAUAUAUAACAAAAUACAUUAUAAAAAAAAGAAUAAUAAUAUUGAAAAUAAUAACGAAACUAAUGAUACAUAUAUUAAUAAAGAUAACAAGGAAUAUGAAAUCCCGAUACAUAGAAAUAAAAGUCGUAAUAAGAUUAACAAAAAUGUAACUGAUCAUUUUUAUGGACAUAAGCAAUAUGAUAAUGAACAUAGGGAAUAUGGUGAUGAUGAUUUUAACAAAAAAAUGCAUAUAUUAGAUAUAUUUAAAUAUCAUGACUUUCCUAUGAAUAUGUUUGGAAAAAAAAAAAAUAAAUCCAAAACGAGAGAAAAAAAAUUUGUAGUUGAGUUUGUGGAUACAUAUAAUGAUGAUUAUGUAAAAAAAAAUUUAAACAAUAAUCUUAUUUUUGAAUCUAUAGGAGUAUGUAAAGGUAUAUCCUUUCUACAUAUAAAUAAGAAUAUUAAUAUUAGCUGUAUAGGCUCACAAGAUAAUAAUGCAUUUUAUUUUUAUAAAAUGAUACCAUUUGAAAAAUUAUAUACAAAAGAUACUAUGGAUAAAAUUCUAAGCAAAAAAUAUAAUGGUGCUGUUAUCGAUGAGGGGGCACAAACAAAUGUUUUCAGAAAUAAAAACAAGACAGGAAUGAAUACAAAUGAAAAUAAUAAUAAAAAUAUCAGUAAUAAUAAUAUAUAUGAUGAUCAUAAUAAUAUCUAUAAUUUUUUUUCUAAAAAUUAUAAUAGUCUUAAAAAUUAUUUUUUUAAAAAGAGAAAAAAAGAGAAAAAAACAUUAUAUAAUGAUUUAUAUUUAACUCCCUAUGAAAAGAAUUUAAAAUCAAGUUUAUGUAUAGGUACUCAUAUAUAUUCAAAAGAAAGAGCUGUUAAAAAAUGUUUUGGAUUAUUAAUUGAACAAAAUGUCUAUACGGUUGAUCAACCACAGGAUGAUAAUGCAUCUUCAGUAAAUAAAAACUUGGAAAAUCUUUAUUUUGAUUUCCCCUAUAAUAAAAAUCAAAUCAUUUUUAAACCAGUUUUUUAUCCAUAUAAAAAUGUCGAAAUUAUAAAUAAUUCUUUUCAAAAUUAUAUCAAAAAUAUUAAAUGGGAUAAACUCAAUAAAUUGAAAGAUGCACAAUUUUAUUAUGAUACAAAAAAUAAAAUUUUUAACUUUUCAAAGGAAAUAUAUAUAACAACGAAAUCAGCAAUUAGGCGUUUCGAUUCUCCAGCGGAUUUUAUUAUUCAAACUAGUAACCGAGUGAAAGAUAUAAAUGUGCAAAUGAAAAAAAUAUGCGAGAAGUCUUUCAAUAUUGUUCAUGAUUCCAUUUUGAAGUUAAGCAAAAUGUCUAAAGCUUCUUGA